AUGAAGGCCUCUAUCAUCGUUCUUAUCCAAGGCAUUGUCGCCGCUUGGGGCGCUGUCACUGAGAGACAAUCCAGCGGAUGCCUCGCUUCUGCCACUGGAUUUGCAUCUCUGAACGGGGGAACAACUGGCGGCGCAGGGGGGACGGAGGUGACAGUGACGACUCAAGCUGAUCUUGAGAAGUACGCCAGCGCAUCGGGCAAAUACGUGAUUAAAGUCAGUGAUCGCAUCACCGUCAGCCCUCUCGGCAAGGAAAUCAAGAUAGCCAGUGAUAAGACUGUCAUCGGGCUUGGCACCACUGGCGAGCUAUACCAAGGCGGUCUGGGUUUGAACGGAGCCAAGAACAUCAUCAUUCGCAACCUCAAGAUUGGCCACACCAACUUGAAUGAUGGCGUGGAGAAUGACCGUGACUGCGUUCAAGCCGAUACCGUGAGCAACAUCUGGAUCGACCACUGCCUUUUCGAAGAUGGCGGGGACGGCCUGGUGGAUCUUCGAAAGGACACCACGUACUUCACCGUCUCCAACAAUAUCUUCCGGAACCACGACAAGACCUUUGGUAUCGGCUGGACCGAGAAUGUCACGGCUCGUGGAACGAUCAACCACAACUGGUUCGAUAACACGAAUCAAAGAAACCCGAGCGCCGACAAUUUGGCACAAGCGCAUCUCUACAACAAUUAUCUCUACGGCGUCACUUCAUAUGGCCAUUAUGCCCGCGGUAGCACCAACGCACGCAUCGAGAAUGUGUUCUUCGAGAACACCAAGAACCCUUUGACCAAGGACUCAGGGGCUGUGCUCAACGCCUCUGGGAACACCUAUAAGAGCUGCACGGGUACUACGGCUGCGAACUCGGGAACCUCCUUUGACCCCAAGAGCCUCUAUUCCUACACUUUGACUGCUACAGCGGAUGUUCCUGCUUACGUCAAGGCUAAUGCUGGUCCGCGAGCUUCUGUCUGCUCUUGA